UUGCCUACUUUCUCUACAGACAGCUGGCGUUGAAGCGUUCAUAUUAAGCUAGCGGCUUCAUCCUUGGCUGCCUCGGUCUUUUCGGGGUUUGUCUCCAGUUUCAAUUAUAGUGAGACAGUUGCUAGAACAUGGCUCUGAUAACGCCGUUACUCGCGUUCCUCUACCACCUACCGCAGGUGUAUAAGUGGUUGCUGAAGCCCUACUACAUAGCGUCCAUCUUCAUGUCAGUAGCAUUUCUAGCUGUCCGCAAGACGCCUGGCAUCUGCGACCAUCUGAACACAGAUAGAGAGGACGGCAACUCCUGCGACUUCGACUGGAGGGAGGUGGAGAUCCUCAUGUUCCUUAGUGCCAUCGUCAUGAUGAAGAACAGGCGAGCGAUAACGGUGGAGCAGCAUGUGGGAAACAUCAUCCUCUUCAGCAAAGUGGCCAACGUCAUCCUGUUCUUCAGACUGGACAUCAGGAUGGGACUGCUCUACCUGACCCUCUGCAUAGUGUUUCUGAUGACCUGUAAGCCUCCUCUCUACAUGGGACCGGAGUACAUCAAGUACUUCAGCGACAAAACCAUCGAUGACGAGCUGGACAGAGACAGUCGAGUGACGUGGAUAGUUGAGUUUUUCGCCAACUGGUCCCCUGAGUGCCAGUCCUUUGCUUCUGUCUACGCUGAUCUCUCUCUAAAGUACAACUGUGCCGGGCUCAAGUUUGGCAAGGUGGACAUCGGACGUUAUGGAGAGGUCUCCAAAAAGUACAAAGUGUCGGCGUCUCCGCUGUCCAAGCAGCUCCCGUCCCUGGUGUUGUUUCAGGGGGGGGUGGAGGUGAUGCGGCGCCCCCAGGUGGACAAGAAGGGUAGAGCCGUAUCCUGGAGCUUCACAGAGGAGAACAUCAUCCGAGAGUUUAACCUGAACGAACUCUACCAGAAAUCCAAGAAGCUCAACAAGACCAAGGGAGACAAGGUCGGCCAGUCCCAGUUCCCCCCAGUCCCCGAGGAGGACGAGUCCGAGCCACAAGGAGCCGGCGGAGAGGCUCCCGAGCCAGAAUCCAAGAAGGACAAAUAAGUCUCUUUCCAUCACUCAGCUUUCACUGGUGGAUGGAAGCUGUGGGUCCAGGUCAGCUCCCCGUCCUCCUCCAUCUUCUCCCUCAAAGAACAGGACCGGUGUGGCUGCGGAUCAUCGUGAGCAUCAAAGUAGCCACCGUACCUCUUCCUGUCUCCAGCACCAUCCUACUACGCCCCGUGUUUCCAGUCUGUUGGUCUUCAAUGAGCAAAGGGAACAAGUGUGCUCUUCGGCAGGGAGCAAUUUGGGACUUUUCACUGUAAAACCUGGUCCAGUAUUUGGGUGCAAGGCCUGGAGAUGUGCUUUGGCUUCUUCCACACAUUUCAAAGCUGUGAAGUCUGAGUGACGUCAGUUCUCACUAAUUAACAGCAAGGGAGCAGUGAAUGUAAUACUACUUUUUUUUCAUUAUGUUUUAUUCAACUAAUUUAAUGAGACUAGAGUAGAUUUUUAACAUUUCCAUUUGUGUUUCUUCAUGCAAAUUAAGUUCUAACUCAAUUUAUUUUCAGUGUAAAAUGAGAGCUGCUGUGUUCAGUGUCAGUGGCUCUGAGACGAGAGGACAGAACGUGUCCACCUGCAGUGAUGCGUCAGCUGUGAGUCCGCUAACAUCGCUGUCCUUUCUGCUGUGCCGGACGUUCUUUAUUCAAAGCACUUUCAUUUAUUUUGGCUUGGUCAUGUUGAAUUAUAAGGUCACGUGUUAUGUUUUAGGAGUAGCUGGUGGUUCAGCGUCUGUGUGUUUCCCUCGGACCCGUCUGUUACUUUGAAUAGUUAAUGUCCAGACCUUCAACAGCGAUGAUGCACACACAGACCAAAUAACUACUAUUGUAUAGAAAGACGUGUGAGAUGCAGAUCUGUCAGUCAGUAUUAAAUGAACAGCUGGUCUUCAUCUCUUGUAUUUAGAGGACAUUAUUUCCAACUAACAUUCCAUCAGCAGCUUUUAAAUAUGUGCACACUUACUGUUUUAGAUUAGCUGUUUGACAGUUUUUUUUCUCUUGUAUCCUGAUUUUAGUCCUGAACUGUUUUAGUUGACUUUUUGUAGGCUUGUGUGUACCGGUUCCUUUACGUGGACAGAAGUCUGCCGGCCGGUUCUUGUUACUCAUGCAAUAAAACAAAGUGGACACGA